ACAGCAGGACAGUCCAUGGCUUCCUAUGGCCAUCAUCAGCCGCAACAAUGGUACGCGGGUGGUCCCUCCUCAUUCGACACUAGGGCGGGCGCUAUGGCGGGCGCACCAGGAGGCUCAUACCCCGCCCCUGGCAUGAGUGGAGCGGGGACUGUACCGGGAAGCAAUUAUCUCGCACAAGGAGUGAGUGGAGGCAGUACGAUGGUGAAUGGCGGUGGUGGGCAGUGGGGGGGGUCCAUGGAUUCCGGCGGAGGAGAGGAGGACUACUCGAUGGAGCCCCCGCUGCUCGUUGAAUUGGGCAUUAAUUUUCAGCAUAUAUGGGAGAAGACCAAGACAGUUUUGAUGCCGCUGGGAUCCAUGGACGAGCAUAUCAUGGACGAUGCGGACUUGGCGGGGCCUCUUUUCUUCCUACUCUCCUUUGGCAUUUUCUUAUUGAUGACGGGAAAGGUGCAUUUCGGGUAUAUAUACGGAUUCGGUGUUUCAGGCUGCAUCGCUAUGUAUCUGGUUCUGAAUCUUCUGAGCCCCAAGGACAUCGACGUCUGGCGCGUCUGCUCCAUCCUCGGCUACGGCCUCCUCCCCGUCAUAGGCCUGGCCUUCCUGGGCAUUGCCGUCUCGCUCAAGGGCGGCGUGGGCCAGGGUCUCGCCACCCUGACGAUUGCGUGGUCCACGUACGCCUCCACUCGCCUCUUCGAGAAGGCCCUGAACAUGAGUCAGCAGAGGUAUCUGGUUGCCUACCCCGUCGCCCUUGUAUAUGCGAUUUUCGUGCUGAUCACGGUCUUUUGAUAACAUGAUUCGCAGGGCAGAGGGACGGGAAGGGAGGGGCGUCGGGGCCGUGGGGUGGCAGUGUAAACUGGGUGUGAGGGUUACA